AUGCAAAUAUCCAAGUGCCUCAUACUCCUGGCCACCUACGCCACCACAGCCGUCUCUGUUGCUGUUCCCGACGCCGAUGAUGCCGACGAGUGCAGCGGUCUCGGUGGUGUCAUGUCGUUCCAGGCCCACGAACUCUCUGAGGGUGUUAGCCUUUCCGAUCUUCGCAAGUGUGUUGAGCACCCCCUCGGCCGCGAGCGUUAUCUUGACGAAGCCUCUUUGGCUCCCUUCGAAGAUGAUGAUGCUCCCUUUGACGAUGAAAAAAAGUUUGACUUAUAUUGA